GCCUGUCAAACAGAUUGUGUUAAAUAUCCCAAGAGUUGUAUUAAUGAACAGUUAUAUAAGGAAAUGGCCGAUAGGGUGGUGACCGAUGGGUACAAGGAGUUGGGCUAUGAAUACGUUAAUAUAGACGACUGUUGGAGUGAAAUGGAAAGGGAUGCCAAUCAUAGGCUGGUGGCCGACAAGAAACGCUUCCCCAGUGGUAUCAAAUCGCUGGCGGACUAUAUGCACUCAAAAGGUCUUAAACUUGGUAUCUAUGGUGAUGUUGGCAACUUAACUUGCGGAAAGUAUGUCAUAGUUUAUGAGCGUGCUAUAAUAUUUAUGUACCCGGGUCAGAAUAAUCACACCAAAGGUGGCAAAGAUUUCUACGACUUGGACGCCCAAACCAUAGCCGACUGGGGGGUCGACUCAUUCAAAUCGGACGGUUGUUGGGAGGAGCCGCUCGACUUUGACGUACUCUACCCUAAAAUGGGAAAGGCGUUGAAUGCAACCGGUCAUAAAAUGUUAUUCAUAUGCGAGUGGCCAUUCUACCAAUAUGUAUACCGGGCCAAAAACCCUGAUUACGAUGCUAUCUCUAAGACAUGCCACGUGUUCAGGACCUAUAAUGACGUGGCUGAUUCGUGGGCCAGUAUUGACUCCAUUAUUAAAUAUUACGGCGAUUAUAACGACCUGUUUAUUAAACAUAACGGACCCGGGCACUGGUCAGAUCCUGAUGAGCUAACUAUUGGCAAUUGGGGUUUAACUUGGGAACAAAGUCGGACUCAGAUGGCCAUGUGGUCCAUGUGGUCGUCCCCUCUAUACAUAUCCACUGAUUUACGCAAAAUUAAGCCCGAAUUUAAAGCAAUUUUACAAAAUAAGGCACUCAUUGCCGUCAAUCAAGACAAACACGGGAUUAUGGCUAAGAGGAUGUUGACUGAAAACUGUACCUACGAAGCAGGUAUAUGCCGACAGGUAUGGGUGAAACAGGUGGAGCCCGUAGUGAAUGGCGAGUGGUCCUAUGUGGUGGCCUAUUUGAACAAGGAACAUUUCGGGGAUGCUAUUUAUAUGUCAUACAAAGUCUCGCAACUGAUCCCAGCGGCUAAGAAAGGGGUUAAAUACGAAGUACACGACCUAUUCCUCGAUGAGGGCAAAGAGGUGUUGGGAACCGUUACCAGCGAUGAUAAUCUGGAGCUUUUGAUUAAUACGGCCGGCGCUGUGCGUAUGGUUAAGCUCCUGGUCAAAUAGGGUGGGCGCAAUGGC